UUAUGGAUCAGCCGGAGCUUUAGUCGACACUUAAUCUCACAAGUGUCAAUUAGCAUCAGCUCACUAGAUCCAUGAUUGUACUCCGGAGUACUCGAUCACUUUCAACCACACAUGCCUAGAUACACCCACGAACCUAGGUACCGUACAGUAUGAGAGGCAAAAAGUCAUGCAUGUCGUCAGCGGUGUUUCUUCCGGUUCUUUUCCUGGCCAGGGAAAGUCUAAUCCGCCUUAUGGAAGUGUAUGUAUAAUCGGUGUGUUCGGUAUAUUCGGUUACGACGUGCUGCGUACCUGUCUCUACUCUUUGAUUUCUCUGCCUCUACUCCGUAUGCAGCCCUGGCAUUGGCUCACAGCAAAAGUCCAUACAAAUCCAAGAAAAAGGGGGCCCAGGGGUUGAGAUUAUGGUGGAGGUAGGUUGGUUUCGUUCGUUCGGGAUUGGCUCUAU